CAAACGAUCAGACGAAGUCCGAAAGUACAGAUAUUCACUUUGACGGUGAGAAGAGAACGAGAAACAAAAUGGAGAUUGAUGGCUGUGAUGAAAAUUACUCUUUAUCUUUGGAAAAAGCUUAUAUUGCCAGUACGGAGACGAUCGUAAUCUAUAAAACUCUAUUCGAAUUACUUACGAAGAGGAAAGAGCAACGCGGAAAUGACGAAGCUUUCGUUUGGUAUACAAAGUCGUUGAACAGAAUAACUUUAACCUACAAUGAAUGGUAUCAGAAGUCUCUUACUGCGGCCUCUAAUUUGUCAUCAACCAUACGAAAAGGAGAUUUAGUAUGCGUUUUUUGUAAUAAUGGAAUUAAUCCAGUCGUUGCACUAACAGCAUUGCAAAUUUUGGGAGCUAAAACUUGUAUAGUAGCCGCAGAGAGACAUCUUGAAAGUAUUUGUAAUGUUUUCAAUUUCAAGGCUAUUUUUUUGGGCAAGGACUUCUUAACAGAUAACGUUAGAGCGGUGAUAAAGGAUGUCGAUAAAAUGUUUUUACUAGAUGGAGAGUCUAACGAAGGUCAAAUCAAUUUUGAAAUGUUGCUUGAAAAGGAAGACUCAGAUUUCAUAAAUAAUUUACCCGUCGUUAAUCCAGAUGACGUCACUCUGUUAUUACUAAGUUCCGGUUCGACUGGAAUGCCUAAAUUAAUUUGUAAAGAUCAAAUGGCCAUAGUUCAUAUGGCUGUAAGUAUGUGGAAGUUAACCAAGACGAAAAAUUUGUUUAAUGAUAGAACACUAGCACAUUUGGGAGGUUUAUUUUCGGUAUUCAGUUCAGCUAUGGGUCAAACUAUUGUUUCCACAACAGUACCUAUGGCCAAAACUUCUGAGAACAUUUUAGAAAUUUGUCAGAAUGAAAAAAUUGAGGCUGCUUUUUUUGUUCUUUUUUUCUUUUACGAUCUAGUAGCGAUGAAAGACAAAAUAGGUGAAAGUUUAAAGGAUUUAAAGGUUAUUACAACUGGGGGUCAAAUACCAAUUAAAUCAGUUAUUAACAAGUUUCGUCAAAUCUUUCCCUAUAUUCAUAUAUACGAUGUUUACGGUUCGACAGAAGUCAGUAUGGCAUUCUCUAAAAACUUGACAAAUGUUGACGAUUUCUUUAUAAGUACAACUCAAGAGAUAUCAAUUAGGGAUGAAAAUGGUCGUAUUGUAAAAAGAAAUGAAAAUGGCGAAGUUUGGAUUAGGCCACACUACGGUUUUCAUGGUUAUUUCGGUAAAGAGUCCACUGCCGCGUUAUCUUGGCAAAGAAUGUCCGAUAUCGGUUACAUUACGACCAAAGGGCGUUUGGAAAUCUUGGGUAGAACUACCGACCAAUUGCAUAUUGGUAUGCUAAAGGUUAAUCCAUUUAUCUACGAGGAAAAGAUUAAUGAAUUAAACGAAAUUGAGAAGGCAGUUAUUAUUGGUAUACCCGAUGAAAGAUUGGGAGAGACGAUGUGCGUCGUCGUUAAAUUUACCAAAGAAUAUCUAGCGAAUACAUGCUUAGAAAAGGCAGAGGAAUUCUUAAUGAAAUGGUGCUCGAAAAAUUUAAAAGGAAACGAAAAUUUGGGAUUAAUUGUCAAAGUUGCUAGAAUACACGUCCUAAAAGAAGAAUGGCCAAGAACAAGUUUAGGAAAACUUAUAAGAAAAGAUGUUCAGCGAUUGGUACUCGAGAAAUAAAAACAAAAAUAUUCAACUUGAAGAUGAAUCCUAUUAUCAUAGCAAUCACUUAUACGUUGUUGUAUCUUAGUUUUUCGUGUCAAAGAUUGACGCUUUUAGAUUAUUAUUAUUAGAUGAUUAACAUUUUAAAUAUUUACAUCAAUAUCUCUAUGACUAGAUAUGUUUAAGAUAUUUUUAAGAAUCGAAUUAGCCUAUGAUAUAUUUGUUUUUCUAUUUCUUUCAUCAUGUUCCGAUUACUUUUUUAUGAUAGCAAUACAAAAG